CACAUGCGACUGCCGGUCCGCACCCGCACCGGCAUCGGACCGCAGGGUGGGCCGACCCCACAGGCCCAGAAAAGGAAGAGCGUCUCAGCCGUCCAGAGUCCGGAAAGCGGGAGCGACCAGGCCGGGGCAGGCGACCUUCGCCGCGCUCGCCGGAACCCAAAGCGCGAGGCCUCGGCCGCAGGGGGACGUAUGUUCACGCAGCGCCGCCGCCACCUGACCCGCCGGCUGCUUCCGGCGCGGGAGGACGAUGUUGCUGGUGUGCGGGGCGCUCAGGGCCUGGGCUUUGCCCUUGGCGGGGUCCCCGGGAGCCCGGGCCUGUGGUGGGGGUGGGGGCGUCUCCUAUACUCAGGGCCAAAGCCCGGAGCCCCGCACCCGGGAGUACUUUUACUACGUGGAUCAUCAGGGCCAGCUUUUCCUGGAUGACUCCAAAAUGAAGAACUUCAUCACCUGCUUCAAAGACCCGCAGUUCCUGGUCACCUUCUUCUCCCGUCUGAGACCCAACCGCAGCGGGCGCUACGAGGCCUCCUUCCCCUUCCUUUCUCCCUGCGGCAGGGAGCGCAACUUCCUGCGCUGCGAGGACCGGCCGGUGGUCUUUACGCAUCUGCUGGCUGCGGGCCCCGGGCCCCCGCGCCUGUCCUACUGCGGCGGCGGCGAGGCACUAGCCGUGCCCUUCGAGCCGGAGCGCCUGCUGCCCCUGGCCGCCAACGGGCGCCUCUACCACCCCGGGCCAGAGCGCGCGGGUGGCGUAGGUCUGGUGCGCUCGGCCCUGGCCUUCGAGCUCAGCGCCUGCUUCGAGUACGCGCCCGGCGCGUCUGCGCUGCCCUCCCACGUGCGCUGGCAGGGCCGCCGCCUGGCCCUCACCAUGGACCUGGCCCCACUGCUGCUUCCCCGCCCACCGCCCUGAGCGUCAGGCCGGAGGCCGCGGGCCCCUACCACCCCGGGGGCUCCUCCCACGCCUCCUGCCGGCGUCGCUG